AUGCUGAUAUGGCUGCGGUUAUCAAUCUAUAUACAAUGGAAAUCGACGUGGGCAGACGGUGUGCACUUCGUGAUCAGAUGCAGACGUGCACGCUGUGCCAGGCUGGACAAGCAUUUCAGUAGAGCUGGGCGGGGGUGGGGCAUGCGUCGAUCGACCAAGGAGUCCCGUCGGCUCGUAGAGGCUCGCUACAUUCCCCACCGAGGCCACCACCAGGCCCUCUUUGGGCAAUCAGAAGGUGAGGAUUGUGUCAGUCAGGAGACUUGCGCGAUUGACCAGGUGCUGGAGCUCGCGCCGUCUCUCCCCGCGCCUGCACCACUGACGGAGCAGGGCCUGCCACCUCACUCCCCACAGGUGAUUCCACAAACUUAG